AAACGCUUCAAAAAAAAAGGAAAUCGUCCUCAGGCGAACCAAUUUCUUUUUUUUUUUUGUCCUUUUUUUUCUCUAUUUCGUCUGAAAUGUAUUCUAACCACCCUCCGUCCAAGCGGUCUCCAUACGAAUACCCACAGGGGUAUGACAGUUCGCAGCAAGGAUGGCCAACUCCAUCGAAACCAUACCCUCCACGAUAUUCUACAGGUGAAAUAGAACAUCAAGAUGAUGGCAGUAAGCCAUUUGCAAAUCGAUCCGACUAUUGGUUUGAUCACUCUACAAAUCCAUAUUCGCCACCGCCAACUUCCCACUGGCCUCCGCCGGUCUAUCAACAACAACAAAGACCCCAUGCUGUUCAGUCACCUCUGCAACUUCCUCCUACGCCAUCAUCUACUUCAUCUUCCACCGAUAUCUCUCCACAUGUAGAUGCGUCCAAGCAACCAUCUGGAUAUCCUUUCCCUGUUACUUUUCAGCAACAACAACAGCAAUCACAACAACCACCCAAUCAAACUUCCACCAAUCACCGAACGCCUCACUGGAGAAUCCCUGCCACAGAACGACCGUUCAAAUGUGAUAAUUGUCCUCUCUCCUUCAAUCGUAAUCACGACCUUAAGCGGCACGCUCGCAUUCAUCUCAGUGUCAAACCUUUUCCAUGUAAUUUCUGUGACAAACGUUUCAGUCGUAAGGAUGCUUUGAAACGACACAUGUUGGUCAAACGCUGCGGUCAAGCUCAAGCCAAAUCUGCUUCUAUACCAUCUAGUUCGACCGCCACGUUGUCAUCUUCAUCGCCGUCUUAUUAUGACAGUAGACAGCAGGAUGGUGGCUCUCAACAACAACCGCAGCAAUCGGAUUCGGCAAACUCUACUAAUUUGUUUUUGCCUCCACCUCCUGUCAUUCGUCAGUCUUCUUCUUCCAUUCUUCAUCACCACCACCACGGCCUCACUAACGAUGCUCCUUCGUCGGCCUCUCCCUAUCCGAUCUAAAAGUGUCGACCGCUCUUUGCUGGAAGGGGAAUGAAUGGGGAACAAACGGAACGUGGUCAUUGCCUUUCUAUACUCCAGAUGAAGGGUUUGUUCUUUAGCUGGAUCUAUAUCAUCUUUCUCUUAACCUUACGCAAUUCCCACCAGCUUUCCUCUCUCUUUUUUUUUUUCUUCUUUUUUUUUUCUUUCUCUCACUUUUGUUAGUCAACAUGUCUGUGUCCUUCUUUACUUUACACAACC